UAGUGGAGUGAACAGUGUCAGUCGCGCGGUGUGCAUGUGUAUUCGGGGUUCAGUCAUAAGCAAAGAAAAAUAUUAUAAAAGUCAGCACACGCAAUUUUUUUUUUCGAUUCAAAAAUUUCAUUAAAAUGCCGAUUAUCGUCGAUUUAUUGAAUUAGAUUAAUCUGAAAUUUGUCAAUUAAUUGCAUGGUAACGGGUACAACACAAGCGGAACCAUUAAAACUGCGUAAAUUCAACUGAAAUCGAUCGACAAAAUGGCGACGCCAAAGGAAAAAUUUUCUUUCGACGAAGACGUGGAAUAUUCGUCCGGUUCAGAUUUCGAUGAUGAUGAAGAUCCCGACAAAAUCGAAGUUCCCGGCGGCGGCAAAGACUUGGCAACAUCGGCAGAAUUUGGAAAACUGAACAAAACUCAAUCGUCAAGUGGUGGUAGCACGGUUAAUCCCAUUCCAGUUGCUACACCAAAAACAUCAACUAGCACUAAACUACCCACCGGAUUAGUAUCUAAGCCGAACACAACCGGAUACGACAUCAUUAAACCCAAUAUGGGACAAGGCAUGCCAUAUGGAAUGAGCGGUACGAGUGGCAUGAUGGGAAUGGGAAUGGGAUUAGGUCCGAUGGCUGGAUACUAUUCUGGAAGUAACAUGGCCGCCUCAUUGUUGGCGCAGAUGGAAAUGGCUGGAAUGGGAUUCAUGUCUGGUGCUGGUGGCAAUGCAAUGGGAGCGAAUGCAAUGCAACAUUUAAACCAAUUCAUGUUACAAAAUCUACAGUCACUCCUCGCUGCGAAUCCGAACUUUCUGACCGGCGGCAUACCAAACAAAUUACUGUCGCAAAUGUGGUCCGAACCAGCCAAAGUCAUGUCAUAUCAAAUGCAACCGCAAGAGGAGGAGGAACAUGAUGACGAGGAAAUGGGUGUAGCCGAAACAUAUGCCGAUUAUUGGCCGGCCAAAUUGAAACUUGGUAAAAGACAUCCAGAUCCAGUGGUAGAAACAGCAUCGUUAUCAUCCGUCGAACCCACAGAUGUUACGUACAAACUAUCAAUUCCAGCAGAAACCAUCAACAAUGGUCUGCUCAGUGCUCUACAAUUAGAAUCCAUAACCUAUGCAUCUCAAGCACAUGAACAGUUGCUGCCGGAUGGAUCCAGAGCAGGAUUUUUAAUUGGCGACGGAGCUGGUGUUGGUAAGGGUCGUACUAUCGCUGGAAUAAUUUUCGAAAACUAUUUGAAGGGCAGAAAGAAAGCCCUUUGGAUCUCUGUAUCGAAUGAUCUCAAAUACGAUGCUGAACGUGAUUUGCACGAUAUAGGCGCUUCAAAAAUUGAAGUUCAUCGUCUGAAUAAAUUCAAAUACGCAAAAAUUUCGUCUCAAAUCAAUGGAAACAUCAAGAAAGGCGUCAUUUUCAGCACGUAUUCGGCACUGAUCGGCGAAUCAAACAAUUCGGCUGGCAAAUACAAAUCUCGACUGAAACAAUUGUUGCAGUGGUGCGGCGAAGACUUUGACGGAUGCAUCGUAUUUGACGAAUGUCACAAGGCCAAGAAUCUGUGUCCCACCGGAUCGAGUAAACCGACCAAAACCGGUCUGACUGCAUUGGACAUACAAAAUAAAUUGCCGAAAGCUCGUGUUGUUUAUGCGUCCGCAACGGGUGCAUCCGAGCCGAGAAAUAUGGCGUAUAUGGUGCGAUUAGGAAUGUGGGGUAUAGGAACACCGUUCAAAACGUUUAACGAUUUCAUUUCGGCUGUUGAGAAACGUGGCGUUGGUGCAAUGGAAAUAGUAGCCAUGGAUAUGAAAUUGCGUGGCAUGUACAUAGCUAGACAGUUAAGUUUCCACGGUGUAACAUUUAAGAUUGAGGAAGUGCCGUUGUCGAAGGAAUUUGAAAAGGUUUAUGAUGAAUCCGUUCUAUUGUGGGUGGAGGCAAUGCAAAAAUUCACAGAAGCCGCCGAACUGAUCGACGCAGAAAGCCGUAUGAAAAAGACGAUGUGGGGUCAAUUCUGGAGUGCUCAUCAGAGAUUUUUCAAGUAUUUGUGCAUAGCAGCCAAAGUGAAUCACGCUGUCAUUGUUGCUCGUGAAGCGAUAAAGUACGGGAAAUGCGUGGUAAUUGGUCUACAGUCAACUGGUGAGGCCAGAACGUUGGAGCAAUUGGAACGAGAAGAUGGCGAAUUAUCGGAUUUUGUCUCAACAGCCAAGGGAGUAAUUCAGUCGUUGGUCGAAAAACACUUUCCUGCUCCGGAUCGUAAUCGAAUAAGCCGGCUUUUGGGACUGGAAGCACCUCAAAAGACUCAACUACAAGCAAUUAUGGAGGAACCUAAGCCAAUCCCAUCGACACCAGCCGCAACCAGUUCGAACAAACGGAAAUCAUCCCGACAGGCCGCACAACGUUCCAAACGAAAUCGAAGAGGUUCGUCCGAUGCCAGUGACAAUUCGGACGAUGGUUCUGACAUUUCGGAAUUCAAGGCCAGCGACAGUGAAUCCGACGAAAGUAUUCAGAAUUCGGAUAGCAAUCAGAGCAGUGACUUUAAUCCGUUCCACGGUGGUGAUUCGGAUAGUGAUGCUGAUCCGUGGGUGAGCAGUGCCCGGAAUAAAAAGAAAAAGGUGAAAAAACCGAAGGCUGUCAGCCCGAAAAAGAAGUCCACAUCGACGCAGGAGAAAAUUCAGCAGUUGAUAACCAAAAAACAAACCGAAAUGAAGCCAGUGCUACAAACGAACGGUUACAAGGUGCAUGUUGGCCCACCACCGAAAGAUGCCAUCGAACGGGCCUGCAGUCUCAAGGAAGAGUUGCUGUGUAAAAUUGAGAAACUCGGUGAGAGUCUGCCUCCGAAUACGCUUGAUCAGUUGAUCGAUGAACUGGGUGGACCGGAGAAUGUGGCAGAAAUGACGGGCCGAAAGGGGAGAGUUAUUCAGACUGAUAAUGGCCAAAUUCAGUACGAAUCCCGAUCCGAACAAGACGUCCCAUUGGAGACGUUAAAUUUGACGGAGAAACAGAGGUUCAUGGAUGGCGAAAAGGAUGUGGCAAUUAUAUCCGAAGCAGCCUCUAGUGGCAUAUCAUUGCAAAGUGAUCGACGUGUACGAAAUCAGCGUAGACGUGUUCACAUCACACUAGAAUUGCCAUGGUCGGCCGAUCGUGCCGUACAGCAGUUCGGUCGUACACAUCGUUCCAAUCAGGUGAACGCGCCUGAAUACAUUUUCCUUAUAUCAGAUUUGGCCGGUGAGCGACGUUUCGCAUCGACCGUUGCUAAACGACUAGAGUCGUUGGGCGCAUUGACGCAUGGCGAUCGACGAGCCACCGAAACGAGAGAUUUGUCACAGUUCAAUAUUGACAAUAAAUAUGGACGCAGCGCAUUGGAAGCGGUUAUGAAAACCAUAAUGGGCUACGAAUCGCCUCUAGUUCCUCCACCGCAAGAUUACAAAGGCGAUUUUUUCAAAGACAUUGCUGGUGCUCUGGUCGGUGUCGGUUUGAUUGUGAAUAGUGAAGCGAUGCCUGGCGUUUUGAGUCUAGAUAAGGACUAUAACAACAUUUCCAAGUUUUUGAAUCGAAUAUUGGGCAUGCCGGUCGAACUACAGAACCGUUUGUUCAAAUACUUUACUGAUACUCUAACUGCGAUAAUUGGUCAAGCCAAGAAAAUGGGACGUUUCGAUUUAGGAAUCUUAGAUUUGGGUACUGCCGGCGAAAAUGUGACUCGAGUAAAGAUGAUUCGCUUCAUUCGCAAACAUGCCACUGGUGUUGCUCCCACCGAACUGCAUACCGUCUCAGUAGAACGUGGUAUGAUCUGGCAAGAGGCGAUCGACAAAUGGGCUGAUCUGUCCGGCGAAAAGGAAGGCUUCUAUUUGUCCAACCAGAGUCGUAACGGUAAACAGACGGCCAUAUUAGCAUUCAAAAUCGACACCGGUUCGAAGAAAAAGACCGACACGGUCAACAAAAAAGAGCAAAUGUUCCAGCUGUACCGACCGAACACCGGUCUACAAUUUCGACCGGAAUCGUUGGCCGAGAUCGAAAAGAAGUACAAGAAGGUGCAGAGCGACGAAGCCGAAUCGCACUGGACACAGCAGUACGAUGCGUCGGUGAAUACCUGCUCUCAUGCGUAUUGGCGCGGAAAUUGUCGGAAUGUUUCAAUGGGACAGGAGUGCGAGGUUGGACUGAGACGACGUACGUAUACCGUUCUCUCCGGUUCAGUACUGGCCGUUUGGUCUCGUGUCGAACAAACACUGAACGCCAAGUGUGGUCCGUCAAAUAACAAAAUGCAAGUGAUUCGUUUGAAGACUACGGAGGGCAACAAAAUCGUCGGUACGUUGAUACCGAAAAAUUGUGUCGAUACAUUGGUGGCCGAUUUGACAUCGGAUGCGGAGAAGGUCGAAGAGCAAACGUUCACAACGAAGUAAUUUGUGUCUGUGUUAUAAUUAUGGAACGCAAGUGAAAGAAUUUUUUUUUGUUCCCCGAAAACAUUUUGAGGCUUUCCCAUUUUGGACAUUUUCUGUGUUUUUAAGCAACAACAACAAAAAAAAAUGUUUGCUCAUUCGAAAAGGCAAUGUGUGAUUUCAAUUCUAAAUCUAGGACAGAAAAAGAGAGAGAGAGAGAGGAGAAGAAAACUAAACCAAUUGACCACUCAACCGAAUCAUAAAAUUACUCAACUUUCAAUCAUUCGACUCAAUUCGAUUCAAAAACCGACUGUAUCGAAUCAAAAAGUAAAUCCUAGUUAGACGUUCUGUGUGUUUUGAGGUGAGCGCGAAAAAAACCAAGCAUGUUGUUGAUGUUGUCGUGUCGAUAUGAGACCAAAAUGUUAUUAAAGUAAAAUUGAUUCACAGAAAGCAAAAAUAAA